AUGAGACAUGCUCACAAACGAUGUGAAGAUGACGGAAACUGGUUCGUUCAUCCAGUGACCAACAAGGCUUGGUCUAAUUACACUACCUGCGUUGAUAAAGAUGACUUAAAUUUCCGUCACAAGAUCAACAAGUUGUAUAUUUCCGGGUACUCGGUAUCCGUCAUCGCUCUCACCAUUUCCUUGGCGAUAUUCUGCUACUUUAGAUCGCUGAAAUGCACGAGGAUCACCAUCCACAAAAAUCUUUUUAUAUCGUUCAUCAUAAACAACGUUCUGUGGAUUGUUUGGUACACUACGGUCAUCAGAUAUCCCGCAGUACUCUUUAGUAAUAAGCCGGCUUGUCAGAUCUUGCACGUCCUGGUUCACUACUUCUUACUCAGCAACUACAUGUGGAUGUUCUGUGAGGGACUCUACCUACACACACUUUUGGUGAGAGCAUUUGUAGCUGAAGACAAAACAAUGAAAUGGUUCUACAUCCUUGGCUGGGGAUGUCCAACAGUGGUGAUCAUUACUUACGCCAGCGUAAGAAGCUCGUAUCCAGAGGAGACAAUCUUAACUCCUGACAGUCACCAAACAAGGAAAGCAGUGCGCGCCACAUUGAUUCUGAUACCUCUGCUGGGUCUUCAUUACAUCAUUAUCCCCUUUCGGCCCGAGCCUGGGUCACCGGAAGAAGUGGUGUACGAGCCCAUCUCUGCUGCAGCGGCUUCAUUCCAGGGGCUCUGUGUUUCUCUGCUAUUCUGUUAUUUUAAUGGAGAGGUGGUUGCCCUUUUAAAGAAAAAGUGGAAUCAAGUUUUCACCUCGUGGAAAAAUUAAAGAAACCGCAACUACGUCAUAACAACAAAGUCUGCAGAAUCCUGGCGAAAAAGGAGUGAAGAACCAACUUGAAAUAGAAAACUACAGGAAUGUGUGGGAGAUGGCGUUCUACGAAAGUAACAGA